GGUUUCGGAAGCAAGCGCAGAAAAUCAUCAAGGAGAGUAAGGCAAUUCUCGCUCAAUAUGAAAGUAACGUCCGACCCAGUAAGCAAAAGAGGAUUCGCACAGAAACCUAUCAAAAAGUGAACGACGCUCUAUGGGUUGGUAUACAGUUUGCCGAUUAUCCAAUGUCCCAGUUAGUGGUCCGAUGUUGCAGGAGGAAGCCUUGAUUAUCGCAGAGAAGUUGGGAGUAGAUGGCUUUACCGCCUCUAAUGGCUGGCUUCAAUGUUUCAAAGAGCAUUACAACCUGCAAAGAAUGGCCACUGCUGGCGAAGACGGGGAUGUGAGUUCGGAAACGUUGGAAAGCUGGAAUGAGCGAGUAAGAGAAAUCACAAGAGGAUGGAAGCCAGAGAAUGUGUGGAACAUGGACCAGACCGGGAGUUUUUGGAAAGGACUUCCAGACUCAAGUUUGAAUGAGAGAGGAAAGCGCUGCAACGGAGUAAAGUCGGCCAAGCAGAGAAACACUUGGGCAUUUUUUGCCAACUCUACUGGAGAGAAAGAAGAUCCGAAGCAAAGCCGCAAAGCCCCGAUGUUUCAAAAACAUGAAAAACCUCAAACGGCCGUAUGGAUGCUGGUACUAUUCCAAGCCAAAAGCCUGGAUGAAGUCAGAAAUCAUGGAAGAAGUGCUAGGGCGAUUGAAUGAAAAGCUGAAAAAGAAAAGUAGAAAAAUACUGCUGUUCAUGGACAACGCUCCCCGUCACAUCCAAUCACUUGCCGAUAGUUUCUCAAACAUCGCUGUCAAGUUUCUCCCCAAGAAUACGACAUCAAAGACGCAGCCUCUUGAUGCUGGCAUCAUCGCAAACUGGAAGGCGAAGUACAAGAAAAAGCUACUGAGGUAUGUCUGACCCAAAGUUGAUGGAGAGCAGACUGCCAGCGACAUCGCCAAAGGUAUUAACGUGGCUAUGGCAAUUGAAUGGGGAAAGCAAGCCUGGGACGAGGUAUCGCCCGAUACCAUAGUUAAAUGUUUCAAGAAAACAAAGUUGUUCCCCGAGGAAAUGGAAGAGGAGGAUAAUCCCUUUGAAAGCGAGGAAGAGUUACCAGCCCUACAAGAACUUCUCAAUAAAGUGGGCGGUUCCUGUAAUGCGAGCACGUUUCUCUCUAACGAAGAAGAGAUACCGGUUUGUUUGCCACUAGUUGAUGCCUUGAAUCCACACUGGAGAGAGGACCUACGUGAGGACCUACAUGACGAAACAAAUCCAGAAGUCGGCGCUGACGUACAGGUCGUUAGAUAUGACGACUAUGACCCAGAGCUAAAAGAACCAGCCAUUAAGACGGUGCUGCAAGCCGACCGGCUAGCGGAGCAACUCAAAGACUUUGCCCAAUUUUAUGGACACGAGCAGCUUUCGCUGGCGUUAUGUAAAGUAAAUGAGUUACUUUACGAGAUGAAGCUAUCCUCACCAAAAA